AAAACAAGCUCUACGUUCUUGCAUUGUCUUAAUGCCAUAAGCGCCUGCCUCACUAUCCCACGAUUACGACGUGGCGACUGGCCUUCCUGUAGCGACUUUUUUGCCUCCACGCUAUGGACGAUCUAGGGCGUUCUGGCAGAAAGCCGGUUGCGGUUAUGCCGCUGCAGCUGGUCGAGCACAAGGCUCUUCCUUCAAGUGCUUAUCAACUGCUCAGAUCAGCGCGCAAUACAUUAACACGACGCUCGUAGCUGAGAAACCCUUAUGCGUUGCUUUGCACGGAAGAUGGACAGCAGCAGCAGGUGUGGGGCAGGUUGGAGAACUGGAUGUGAAGCGAUUGGCUUGUCGGGGCCCCGUCGCCGCUCAUCUCGCAAAAGCAUUGCGCAACUGGGCACUACUCGUCAUCCAAAUGACCAUGAAAGAGAAGCUUGCUGCGAGAAAUAGCCGGUGGAUUGCGAGUUUGAACGAGAAGGGAGAGGGAAAAUGCAGAUUAGAUGCAGAACGUAUACCAAUAGGAUCAUGUAAAAAGCGAAUAGAAAACAGUACUUCCCUCCUCUAA